CCCUCAAGCAAGGGCGGCUGCUGCUGGGAGCCGACGGGGCUGUUGUGCGUGGGCCUGCGUUAGCUUCUGCGGAAAAUUGGUGGCCUGGGCUUUGAGAGGAGGGGCGCCGAUGAAACUGAUCGAUACUGGCGCACCAGUGGGCAACGACGCCUCCGCCGGCGGCGGUGCCACGGCCUCUGUUCUUGCCCCGGAGGUGAAGUACAUCCUGGGGAUAGACGUGGGGAGCACGGUGAUACGGUGCCAUGUGUACGACAAGGCGGCGGUCCUCAAAGGAUUCAGUAGCAAACAGGUAGAGAUUCUUCAUCCUCAGCCAGGAUGGGUUGAAUUUGACCCUGAAAGUCUGUGGACCCAGUUCACUGGUGUGAUUAAAGAAGCAGUUCAAGUUGCAGGACUUAAAAUGAAUCAAAUCUCUGCUCUUGGACUUUCAACACAGCGGGGAUCUUUCAUUACAUGGAACAAAAAGACAGGGAAACCUUUUCAUAAUUUCAUAAGUUGGCAAGAUGUGAGAGCUGCUGCCCUUGCUCAAUCCUGGAACAGAUCUUUUUUAAUAAAGGCAAUCCAUGGUAUUUCUUCAUUGCUGCAUUUUUUCACUCGGAUUAAUAAACUUCUGCUAACCUGUUCUUUUAGUUUUACAACGCAGCAUAUCUCGUUAAAACUGGCUUGGGUUUUACAGCAUCUGUCUGAGGUAGAACAAGCUGUUAAAGAUGGUGAUUGUUGUUUUGGAACAGUUGACACAUGGUUACUUUAUAAACUCACUAAAGGUGCAGUGUAUGCUACAGAUUAUUCAAAUGCCAGUUCCACUGCAUUGCUGGAUCCUUUUAAGCUGCAGUGGAGUGUACUUAUUGGCAAGUUACUUUCCAUUCCAAUAUCACUUUUCCCCCCAAUAGAAGACACUAGUCACAUCUUUGGAUCAGUUGAUGCUGAAAUAUUUGGAGUGCCUAUUGCAAUAGCAGCUUUGGUAGCAGACCAGCAGGCAGCCAUGUUCGGACAGUGUUGCUUUGAUACAGGUGAUAUAAAAGUCACCAUGGGGACUGGUUCCUUUUGGGAUAUUAAUACCGGAAACAAAAUUCAUGUAUCUAAGAAAGGCUUGUAUCCAUUGGUUGGUUGGAAAAUUGGGCAAGAGGUAACUUACUUAACUGAAGGCAAUGCUUCUGAUACUGGAAAUACUAUAAAAUGGGCUCAGAGCUUAGAUCUUUUUGACAAUGUCGAAGAGACAUCACAAAUGGCAUAUAGCAUAGUAAAUUCAGGAGGAGUUUGUUUUGUCCCAUCAUUUAGUGGUUUGCAGAUGCCAGUGAAUGAUCCUUAUGCAUGUACUUCUUUUAUGGGGAUCACAUCUACUACUACCAAAAAACAUCUUGUUCGAGCAGUGUUGGAAUCCAUAGCUUUCAGAAACAAACAGCUGUAUGAUAUCAUCACAACAGAGUUGGGCAUUCCACCUGUGUCCAUUCGAGCUGAUGGAGGCAUCAGUAAAAAUAGUUUUGUGAUGCAGAUGACUUCUGAUUUAAUUAAUAAAUCAAUAAACAAGCCGGUCAAUACAGACAUGACUUGUCUUGGAGCAGCUUUUCUAGCAGGCCUCGCUAUUGGAUUUUGGACUGACAAAGAACAACUGAAAAAGUUGAGGCAAACUGACAUGGUUUUUAAGCCACAAAAGGAGCCAACGGAGUAUGAACCUGCCAUGAGUAAUUGGAUAAAAGCUGUCCACCGUUCCCUCUCUUGGUAUAGCUAGGCAUCUCAGUAGUGAGACCCGGAAUUAGUAUAAUCUAUAUGUUGGACGAUAUAACUCAAGACUUUUUUUGCUUUCAAGUUAACUGUACUAAGCAGUUACUGUUUUCUGACACUCACAGUACAAAAUGUCUACUGGAAUAGUAGUGAACACCAUGUAAUAGUCAAGAGACCAAAUGCCAUAGAAUGUAUUGUUCUAAGCAAAAAUUAUUUAUAAUGGACAAACUUGAUUUUAUGCAUGAGAUCUCUGUGGGAAUGUUCAGAUACCACCUCAGGAGAUUUCAUAUAGAAAAUCUAGAUCAAAACUGUAUCGUGAAAAUAAUUACCACAGAGAUACGAGCAUACACAGAUACUAAUAUACUGUUUUCCUACUGUAAAUCAUCUCCUUUUGGUAGAAAUAUGUCUAUUGAUAUUAUCUUCCUCCACUCUAUCCCCAAAUUAGUGAGACACAGACGCAUCCAUACAUUUAGACUGGUUCUAAGGAGACUGUCUAGAGUGAAAAGUAGUAAAAGGCUUUUAGCUUGCUAGUUUUAAGAUUUCUUCUUUGUUAUAACCAAUAAGAUGAAACUGAAACAUCAUCUAGAAAGCAUCUGCUUGUCCAAUGAAGUUCCUUCAUUCACAGGAACACAAGGACCAAUAAGUCAGCAUGUGGACUGACCUCACCCUUGCAAUGAUGGCCUUAAUUUUUCAUCGUGGCUUUAAAAGUGUAUUUUGGUGAAAUCUUAAAUUUACUUAACUGGAAAUUGAUCAGCUGUCUAUACGAUCUGGCAUGAUAGUCAGAAUUUAUGACUUGCAGAAUGGCCAACAUAGUCAGUGUUGUCCAGUAACUUUUGUAAGUCCUCAGAUUCUGAUCUAAGAGAUACGGAAAAUCUAGGUAUCUCUAUAUACACAGAAUUUUUAGAAUCUAGCUUUUAAUUUAAACAGAAAUGAAAGAAGACUUCUUUCAUGUGUUUAUCCAAAUACUGAAUAGUUGAUGUUUCCAGACUGAGAGCAAAUUGGGAUUGUUUUCUACUUAUUACAUAAGUAAACUGCCCAGAAUCCCUU